GUGGGUUUUAUGCAGAGUGCUCCAAAGAAAUACAAUUUCUUAGUUGAGUGAUUACCAUGAUCAAAAUUGAAUGUUCCUUGGAAUGGUGGAGGUGGUGGAGGAAUGGUAGUCAAAGUUUGACCCACAAGGAAAGAUGAGAGUCUCCAUUUGAUUUAAUAUCAAUAUAAUAUUAUAAAAGGUGUGGAAAAUGAAACUCAGGUCAAACUAGUGCAACUUGAUAGGUCUGGCCUGAGAUUCAGUCACAAGUCUUCUUCUUCUACAUCCAACUACAUCCAAGGGAAAGGAAACAGAAAUAGAGGAUUUUCCAGAGACAGGCAGAUGGGUGUUCAAAAAUGCAUUAAUGGGUUACUGUUGAUUCACUUUCUGUUCAUGGUGAUUAUGACUCCACUGAUUGAUAUAGGUUAUAUACUCACAUGGUAUGCUAAUAAUGAAAAUGGCGACGCCCCUUUGAGUUUUAAGAUACCUCAUUUUGCAGUUUUUUUCAUCUUGUUUGAGCACCUCCUAGUGUGGCCUCUCUGUAUUGCCAAUUUCUAUGGGAUCUUCAAAGGUAAAUCAUGGGUGAAAAAAACUUGCUUGAUCUAUGGUGUCGGUGCUACCACAGCCAUGGCUGCAAUUCUUUCAGAAAUGAUUAGGUCUUCAGGGGCAUCUUCUACACUAUCCAGCAUUUACUUGCCUUUCCUGGGUUUUGCUCUAAUUUCAACCCUUAAUGGUCUAGUUCCGCAUUGUUAAUGUCUUGUAAACCUCUUGCCAUGAAAUAAGAAGAAAAAAAAUGGAGGUUAGAUGUGGAACUACAAAUCCACUGGUAAAUCUUAUCUUAUGAUUUUCAACACCAAUUUUUUUUUCCACCA